AAUGAAUAAUAAUGACACUAAGAAGGGAGCCCUAAUAUAAGCCGCCCCUCCUCCCUUUUGUGUACAGUGGCCAGCUGAUCGAGACACAAGGAUAGAAAAUAAAUAUAAAAGCAAAAUGUCACGUCAGGGGGUAAGACCGGCGGACUCCAAGAAGGUGAGUGGCGAGCUCUUCACCCUGACCUACGGAGCACUGGUGGCACAGCUGCUGAAGGACUACGAGAAUGUGGACGAUGUGAACAGGCAGCUGGAGAGGAUGGGCUACAACAUUGGCGUGCGGCUUAUCGAAGACUUCCUGGCCCGAGCUAACCCUGGCCGCUGCUAUGACCUCAGGGACACCGCGGAUAAGAUACAGCAAGCCUUCAAGCUGUAUCUCGGGAUCACGCCAAGCAUAGGAAGUUGGAACCCUGGCGGCGACGAGUUCUCCGUCGUGCUCGAGACCAACCCCAUGGCAGAGUUUGUGGAGCUGCCGGAACACUGCCUGGGCCUGAGGUACUCGAACAUCCUGGCCGGCAUCAUCCGUGGGGCCUGCGAGAUGGUACAGAUGGAGGUGAUGGCGUGGUUCAUCGCCGACCAGCUGAAGGGCGACAACGUGACGGAGAUCCGCAUCAAGUUCGUCAAGAGGUUAGAGGACGCCAUCCCGGCCGGCGAAGACUGAGCCACCCGCAGGUACUGAUUGGGGACGGUUCGGAGUGUUGAUGUAGAUAUUAUCGUGUACUUUCUUGGGAGGGUUUGUCGGAAGCUGUCCAGUGCCGUAGGGUAAAUAAGGAUGGUAAAUGUGAAGAAUAGAAGUGUUUGUAGGAAGCAGUGGAACAUAUAAAAUAAAUAAACAUGGCAAAGGAGAAGAAGAAUCCAGCCCCAUUAGGGAAAACAGGGCUGAUAAAUGAGAAGAAGAAGAUGAAGAUAAUUUACAGGAAGCAGUGCAUUUGUGGUGUUGAUGGAAGCAGCUCAAAGGUCAAAAAAGAAAAAAAACAAAAAGCCUGACAUAAAAUUAAAAGAGUCUGCGUUGUUUUGUGUAUAAGAAACAGUGCAAUUAUUUUUAUUUGGAAACUGCAAAAGGUGUGACUAGGUAUAUAUUAAAUCUUGUCCAAGCAAAAUUUAAAGUCUGCAUAGUUUUGCGUAUAAGAAACAGUGCAAUUAUUUUUAUUUGGAAACUGCUCAAGGUGUGACUAGGUAUAUAUUAAAUCUUGUCCAGGCAAAACUUAAAGAGUCUACAUUGUUUUGUGUAUAAGAAACAGUGACUAUUUUUAUUUGGCUCAAGGUGUGACUAGGUGUAUAUUAAAUCUUGUCCAGGCCCAUAAGGGAUAAUAAGGACACUAAACAAAAGAGAAGAGGAGAGAAAAGGAGAGCAAUUAAAUUUUCUUGAGUCCAUAUUUGCCGGUGAUUUAACAUUAUCGCUGUACUGUUUUGCGGCCUUUUAGAUUUGUGUCACGAAAGGCUUUUUACCGUCUCAGGAAUACCGAAACAUCCCUCACUGACUGACAUGAAAAGCAACCAUCAAUAAUGUUAGUCUAGUGUUGAAAUCUUGUAAGUAACACUCCAGAUAUUUCCUGUUAUAAUGAUUGGCUUUAUAAAAUGUAAAUAAGGAUGGUAAGAAAGAAAAUGAAGGUUCUAUAGGAGCAUUGGUGUUGUGGGUUUGGAUGCAGCUCAAGAAUGAAAAAUGAAUAAGCCUGACAAAAUAAAAAGGCCGACAUAGGUUUGUGUAUAAGAGCAAAGGAAAAAAAAGUUAAUACUGCUGUGCCUUGCGACCAUUCCUGACGUGCAGCAACGGAAAGAGAUUAGUAGAAGUAGCGACAGGUGUGGGAGGUGCCGAGAACUGUAGGCGCUCCAGACUGUUAGCGAUAGACAACUUAGGUAACUGAUUGGGUUUAUGAGGUAUUGAAUUGAGUUGUUAAGUACGGCAUCACAUCUUGGCAACCUGUUUCUAUGUAUCCUUUGUAUUUCUCUAUAUUUCUCUGUAUCUUUCAUUACUGAGCGCUCCUGUGAGUUUAUGAGGUACAGAAUUCAGUUGUUAUAUUAUGGAAUCAUGUCUUGGUUGCCUAGUUCUAUGUAUUUUUUAUGUAUUUCUGUGGUCUUGGGUAUAAAGGACAGGAUUGUGUUAUGAUAAGUGUUUGGCACAUCAGAGGUGGUGGUUGGUGGUGGUGUAGCUUGUGUAGGCAGAAGAGCCAUAGAGUAGGAGAAUUUGACCACCCUUAUCACAGACAUCAAUUUAUUACGAGAAGGGUCAUGCAAAAUACAAACUGAUGCUCAUAGAUAAGACUCAUACUUGUGAUUUACCAUUGAGGAGGUUUCAGGCCCCGGUCCGCCACCAUAGCAGUGCUCCUCAGGGGAUUUAAGGGAUAGUUCGUAAUGGGAAGCAAACGCCUACUCAGUCAUCAUUUCCAGGGCAUUAGCAAAAGAAGAACUGAACCCUUGAAAUAUAGAGUCUAAGGGAAAGUUACAUAGCUGAAACUAGAGGGGAAAAUGACACUGUUGAUUGGAGAAUGAAAGUAAGGGGAAGAAUUCUAAGUUUUCACACAAAUUUAAUACAUUGAGGCAGAAAUUAACCACUGUAGGAGAAGUUAAGUAUUGAUCCUUUUAAAUCCAUAGGUCAAAGGAAAGGUACAAAGCUGAAACUAGAGGGGAAAAUGACACUGUUGAUUGGAGAAUGAAAGUAAGGGGAAGAAUUCUAAGUUUUCACACAAAUUUAAUACACUGAGGCAGGAAUUAACCACUGUAGGAGAAGUAAAGAAUUGAACCCCUAAAAUCCAGAGCUCAUAGGAAAGUUACAUAGUUGAAAUAGAAGGAAAAAAGGACAGUAUUGAUUGGGGAAUGAAAGUAAGGGGAAGAAUUCUAGUUUUCACACAAAUUUAAUGCAUUGAGGCAGGAAUUAACCACUGUAGGAGAAGUAAAGAAUUGAACCCCUAAAAUCCAGAGCUCAUAGGAAAGUUACAUAGUUGAAACAGAAGGAAAAAAGGACAGUAUUGAUUAGGGAAUGAAAGUAAGGGGAAGAAUUCUAAGUUGUCACAGAAAUUUAAUACAUCGAGGCAGGAAUUAACCGCUGUAGGAGAAGUUACGUAUUGAUCCUUUUAAAUCCAGGGGUCAAAGGAAAGGUACAAGCUGAAACUAGAGGGAAAAAAGGACACUAUUGAUUGGGAAAUGAAAAUAAGGGUAAGAAUUCUAAGUUUUCACACAGAUUUAAUACACUGAGGCAGGAAUUAACCGCUGUAGGAGAAGUUAAGUAUUGAUCCCUUUAAAUGCAGAGGUCAAAGAAAAGGUACAAAGCUGAAACUAGAGGGGAAAAAGGACACUAUUGAUUGGGAAAUGAAAAUAAGGGUAAGAAUUCUAAGUUUUCACAAAUUUAAUACACUGAGGCAGGAAUUAACCGCUGUAGGAGAAGUUAAGUAUUGAUCCCUUUAAAUCCAGAGGUCAAAGGAAGGUACAAAGCUGAAACUAGAGGGGAAAAAGGACACUAUUGAUUGGGAAAUGAAAAUAAGGGUAAGAAUUCUAAGUUUUCACACAGAUUUACUACACUGAGGCAGGAAUUAACCACUGUAGGAGAAGUUAAGUAUUGAUCCCUUUAAAUGCAGAGGUCAAAGAAAAGGUACAAAGCUGAAACUAGAGGGAAAAAAGGACACUAUUGAUUGGGAAAUGAAAAUAAGGGUAAGAAUUCUAGUUUUCACACAGAUUUACUACACUGAGGCAGGAAUUAACCGCUGUAGGAGAAGUUACGUAUUGAUCCUUUUAAAUCCAGGGGUCAAAGGAAGGUACAAAGCUGAAACUAGAGGGGAAAAAGGACACUAUUGACUGGGAAAUGAAAAUAAGGGUAAGAAUUCUAGUUUUCACACAGAUUUACUACACUGAAGCAGGAGUUAACAGCCACAGGAGAGGUAAAGAAUUAAACCCUUGAAAUGCCGAGUUCAAGGGAGAAUUUCAAAGCUGCAACAAGGGAAAAAUGAGAGUAUGACAUGGAGCAGAGUGUAUAGGUCAGAGGCGUGGUUUGGCCAAAUGCAUCAUUCCUCAUUCAUAGCGUUGUGUGUCUCAUUCAGAAGAUUAUAUUUGUUGUCUCUAUUAUCUAUAUUGUAUGUGAUUUGUAUGACAUAAAAGUACCUUAAUCCUG